AUGCUAAACAAUCCCGACAUCCAACCUAAUGCUACUAUCAACCGUUGGAUCGCUGGUAUCCUACUAUUCGACUUCCGCCUUGUACAUGUACCAGGUUCAUGCCACACGGGGGCCAAUGGUUUGUCACGUCGGCCCCACACAAAUGAAGACCCCGAGGAGGACGAUGACUUUGAGCAAUGGUUGGACGAAGCUAAUGCUUUCACUAUUGAUACCGCGAAUUCCGGGAUUAUGUGUGAAGGGUGGCGCGCCUGCACUCCGGGGACCGUCUUCACUGCCUUAAGUGCUAGGACACCAGAUGUCGCGGUCUUCACCGCGGCCGCAGAAGAUGUUGAGAUACCGCAAACAGGAAAGGCCAUAGCUAGGAAUGAAUACGUUCUCAAAGUCCGCAACUUCCUACGUGAUCCCGAGGUUGCUAUGAGCGUGCCAAUAAAGGACCGCUGUCAAUUUCUCAGAUAUGCAUUGGAUUUCUUCCUCAGGGAUGGGAACCUCUGGCGAAAGGACCCUAGUGGCAGGCACAAACUAUUUGUCGAUGAGGGAAGAUGCUACACACUUAUCCGACAGGCGCAUGAUGACCUCGGCCACAAGGGAAUUUUCACAGUAUGGACUCGCUUGCUGGAACGCUUCUGGUGGCCACUCUUAGACCAGGAUGUGCGAUGGUAUGUGGGCACAUGCCACAAAUGCCAGGUCCGGCAGAUGAUGAAGGUGCACAUUCCACCAACGGUCGUGCUGCCUUCUGCACUCUUUCACAAGGCACACAUGGACACGAUGCUUAUGCUGCGGGCAGGGGGGUACCGAUAUAUUGUACAAGCACGCUGCUCGCUUACAUCAUAUCCCGAAUGGCGAAUGCUCCAACAGGAAAAUGGGCGGACCCUUGGCGCAUUCAUCUUUGAAGAGAUCCUUUGUCGCUGGGGGGCAGUCGUGGAAAUUGUCACCGAUAACGGCUCUGCUUUUGUUCAGGCAUUAGACUAUUUGGCUCGGCAAUACAAGAUUCAUCAUAUAUCACCGUACAAUUCCUAG